CUCUGCGUCCGGCAGCCGGCAAACAUGAGCCACCGAGCCCUCCACGGCAGGACCAGCAGCAGCAGCAGCACACACACACACACUCACACACACUCACACACCCUCACACACACGCAGCAAACGGCAGCCAGGGGGCCAGCACUGACAGCAGCAGCUCCCGGGAAGAGGACAGUGGCGUUCCCGUUCCUCACGGUGUUCCGGCUUUCCGUCCCAGUGCAGAGCGUAGCAACAGUGCAAGAGCACCCAUGGAGGAGCCAACAGGCAACACGGUGGUCAUCCGCAUUGGAAUCCCAGACUUGCAGCAGACGAAGUGUUUAAAAUUCAAUGUGGAUGCUCCAAUCUGGCUGUCCAAGCAGCGAAUCCUGUGUACUCUCAACCAGAGCCUGAAGGAUGUAUUAAACUAUGGCCUAUUCCAGCCGGCAUACAACGGCAGGGCUGGCAAGUUUCUGGAUGAGGAGAGACGGCUAAGGGAAUACCCCUUCCCAUCUAUUGCUCCUGUACCUUACCUUGAGUUCCGCUAUAAAAGACGUGUCUACACUCAGACCUACCUGGAUGAAAAGCAGUUGUCCAAGCUCCACACUAAGGCAAACCUGAAGAAAUUCAUGGAGUAUGUGCAGCAGAGGAACAUUGAAAAGGUCUCAAGGUUCCUGGAAAAAGGCCUGGACCCUAACUUCCAUGAUCCAGACACAGGAGAAUGUCCUCUAACGCUAGCAGCACAGCUGGAGAGCUGUGCAGAGCUCAUCAAGGUGCUGAAAAGUGGAGGGGCACAUCUGGACUUCAGAACAAAAGAUGGGAUUACUGCUCUGCACAAGGCCGUGCGCAGCAAAAACCAUACAGCACUUAUAACGCUGUUGGACUUGGGUGCAUCUCCUGACUAUAAAGACAGCAGGGGGCUAACUCCUCUCUACCACAGUUCGAUGGUAGGAGGAGAUCCCUACUGCUGUGAGCUGCUGCUGCACGAUCAUGCACAGGUCGGCUGUGUGGAUGAGAAUGGCUGGCAGGAGAUACACCAGGCAUGUCGCUAUGGCCAUGUGCAGCAUUUGGAACACCUGCUAUUCUAUGGAGCCGACAUGAGUGCUCAAAAUGCAUCUGGAAACACGGCUCUGCAUGUGUGUGCGCUCUACAACCAGGAGAGCUGUGCACGGGUUCUCCUGUUCCGGGGAGCCAAUAAAGAGAUAAAGAACUACAAUAGCCAGACUGCUUUUCAGGUGGCUAUUAUAGCUGGGAACUUUGACCUGGCAGAAAUCGUUAAGGUCCACAAAGCAUCAGAUGUUGUGCCUUUCAGGGAGACUCCCUCCUACACCAACCGUCGACGUGUGAUGCCUGGCCCCCUGCCUUCACCCCGUUCCUUACUUCGCUCUGCAAGCGACAACAACCUGAACGGGGACCACGAUCACAUCCAUGCUCAACCAACCAGAGAAGCCCGUGGCCGCCAGGGUCACUCCCCCGUCCCUUCACUACGCAGUCUGCCUGCUUUUGGGCAACAGCACAGCAGCCUUGGAGAAAGUCGUCAUGGAGAGAUCCCUGACAGCAGUCUCCAGAGUACUGGCAGCUCCAGAUCCUCCCAUUCCCGUUCACCGUCUCUACAUCACAUGCAUGAAGAUGACAAACCAGUUCCUAGACGGUCCCACAGCCACGGCUACCCUCAUGGGCAUGGCCCUCGUGGAAGACUCAGCCCUGGCUCUGUGCAGAGAGACCCAAGCCCACCUCAUCACACGCCUCCAGCACUGUCAGGCUCCCGCGGGCCCAAACGGAAACUCUACAGUGCCGUCCCAGGACGUACCUUCAUUGUGGUCAAGCCCUACACGCCACAGGGGGAAGGAGAGAUCCAACUCAACCGUGGAGAACGGGUCAAAGACUAUGACUGUAAUGACGUAGAAGUGCUCAGCAUUGGGGAAGGAGGUUUCUGGGAAGGCACAGUCAAAGGGAGGACAGGAUGGUUCCCAGCAGACUGUGUGGAAGAAGUGCAGAUGAGACAAUAUGAUCCACGACUAGAGACACGGGAGGACCGCACUAAGAGACUGUUCAGACACUACACUGUGGGAUCUUACGACAACUUCACCUCAUACAGUGACUAUAUCAUAGAGGAGAAGAAUGCUGUUUUACAGAAGAAAGAAAAUGAGGGGUUUGGCUUUGUCCUGCGGGGAGCCAAAGCUGAGACGCCCAUUGAGGAGUUCACUCCCACCCCGGCGUUCCCUGCCCUUCAGUAUCUGGAGUCUGUUGACGUGGAAGGAGUGGCCUGGAGGGCCGGUCUAAGGACAGGGGACUUCCUCAUUGAGGUAAAUGGGGUGAAUGUUGUGAAGGUGGGUCAUAAGCAGGUGGUAUCCUUGAUCCGCCAAGGGGGCAACAGACUGCUGAUGAAGGUGGUUUCAGUCACUCGCAAACCAGAGACUGAGGAAGUUGUUCGCAAGAAAGCGCCGCCACCACCCAAGAGAGCUCCCAGCACCACCCUGACACUGCGCUCUAAGUCCAUGACCGCUGAGCUGGAGGAACUAGCUUCUGCUCGGAGGAGAAGAGGAGAAAGACUAGAUGAGAUGUUGGCAUCACAGGAGUCUAUGUUGCGUUCUCAGCCCUCUGAGGCAGAUUACAGAGCAGCCACUGUCAAACAACGGCCCACCAGCAGGAGAAUAACCCCAGCAGAGAUCAGUUCACUGUUUGAGAGACAAGGGAUGACUCUACAUGGAGGUCUCCAUCCAGGGAUUGAGAGAGGUCACAUACAACUACCAAAGGGCAUGUCCAGGACCAAAUCUUUUGGUGCCACUGAGGAGGAUCGGCUGUCUGCUCUUGUAGGCGAGCACCGAUUUCCCCGCAGUUCCUCUAUGACAGACAGCCUCCGAGACCACUCACAACCCCACCCUAUCCCUCCCCCUCCACAAACGGCACCUCCUCCUCCUCCUUACUAUCUAGACACUGGUCCUCCCCCAGCUUUCUGCCCCCCUCCACCUCCAUCGAGAACACAGAGUCAGGGCCAUGAGCCUGCAGGACGUUCGAGCUUCAAGCCGUCCUCCUUGGACCUGCCUUACGAGGCCGCUCAGCGGCAGGCCACACACAUUGAGAGACAGAAGAAAGCACGCUCCAUGAUCAUUCUGCAGGAUUCUUCUCAUUUACCUGUUGAACCUACAGAAAUUCCACGUCCUUCUGCUGCUACUCCACCUGAGCGAAUCAAAAGGAAAGGUCGGGUUAUUGACAACCCUUACGCAAACGUGGGUCAGUUUAGCAUUGGACUGUACACACCUACCAAGCCCCAAAGAAAGAAGAGUCCUCUGGUGAAACAGCUACAGGUGGAAGAUGCACAAGAAAAAGCUAGUUUGGCCUUAGCUGCUGCCCACUCGCGAGAGAGCUCACCCUCAGGACGACACCCACUUACCUACGGGCACACACACACCAGCCGUGCAGACUACUACCAGCAGCAGCUGAUGGCUGAGCGAGAGCGUAUGCGUGUUCAAGGAGAGAUGAUGUUUCAGGGCAAGGGCCCCUUUGCCGCUGCAAUUGCUGGAGCUGUAAAGGAUCGUGAGCGUCGCCUAGAAGAACGGAGGAAAUCCACUGUCUUCCUUUCUGUUGGGACCAUGGAGGGGGCAUCUACCACCAGCUCUGAUUCCCCCUCUCUGACUCAGUCUCACUCCAUCGAUGAACGGAUGCUGACACGAGAGCUGGGACAGCUGCCUCCCCCUGCCUUGGCUCUGAGCCCCUCACCUAGUGGGACCACCUUUAUCCAUCCACUUACAGGAAAGCCUCUGGACCCCAAUUCACCACUGGCUCUUGCGCUGGCCGCAAGGGAGAGGGCACUGACCUCCCAGAGCCAGUCCCCUACUAGCAGCCCAGAGCCUCGGACUAAACAAGAGCAAUUAGGCCAGGGUGUAAUAUUCAUUGACACUCAGACCAAAGAGUCUCCACAUGGGGAAGGGGCAGCUACAUCUCCCCCUUUUUCACCUAAAAGCGCCAAGGUAGCGGGUUUCGGGGUUGGAUCCUCCGCAGCAUCAAUUUUAUCCCCGCAGCCCACUAAGCCACAGUGGGCUGCAUCUUCGUCACCUGUAUCAUUCCGGCAGGAGAUGGAGGCCAGGAUAGAGGAAAGGAAGGAAGAGAAGAGGUUAGAGGAUAAAAAGAGUAUGUUGAUCAGUAUUAUGGAUACAUCACAGCAGAAGACAGCAGGGCUAAUCAUGGUCCAUGCCACCAGUAAUGGGCAGGCUGUUGGAGUGGAUUCAGAACAAGAGCAGACACCUGCCCCAGCCUCCAUGGAGCCCAGCAAAUCACCAAGUCCACGCGCUAAAUCCCCCAGUCCCAGUGUCGCCCAGCCCCAGACCCAGCUCCAAGCUCAGAGUUCUGCCAGUCCAGUCCAAGAGAAGGGUCUGGCUCAGGGAAGCUCAGAGGAGGAUGUGGAUCCGUACACAGUAACCCUUCCCCCUGCCAUGUUAUCCUCCAGCGAUGAGGAAACACGAGAGGAGCUACGUAAGAUUGGAGUUGUUCCGCCACCAGAUGAGUUUGCUAAUGGGCUACUGGCACAGGCACAAGGGGCGCCAGUGUCUCCAGCUAAGCCUGCUGUGUCUCCCGCCACCCCUGCAACACCAACGCCACAAACGCCCUCAACCCUAGCAACGCCAGCUGUGACCCCCACUCAGCCUGCUCAACCCCUGCCUCCACCCAGUGCAGCAGCUGUCUCAGGGAAGCCCUCUGACCCUCUGGAGCCCCCACCGGUGGGUGAGUCUGGCUCUGCGGCUGACUCAGGCGUGGAGGAAGCUGACACGCGCAGCUCCAGCGAGAGAGAGCGAGACCACCAUCUCGAGACCACCAGCACCGUCUCCACGGUUUCCAGCAUGUCCACAUUGUCCUCAGAAAGCGGCGAGCCUGCCGACACACACACCACGCACACCUCCUAUGCCGACGGGCAGACAUUUGUGCUCGACAAGCCGCCAGUGCCUCCUAAGCCCCGACUAAAAUCCCAGAUAGGAGGCAGUAAAGGCCCCGUCACUUUCAGGGACCCUCUGCUGAAGCAGAGCUCGGACAGCGAGCUGCUAUCACAGCAGCAGGCUGCUGCCCUGGCUGCUGCUGCAGCUGGAGGAGCUGGACUCCCCCCAGGUGGUUCAGCCUCAGUUACUGGUCUAGCCCCCACCAAGCCACGCUACCUCUUCCAGAGGAGGUCCAAGCUAUGGGGAGACCCAGUGGAGCCCCGUGGCCCAGGAGUGGGGCUAGGUAUUGGGAGUUUGGGAAAUCUUGGUGGGCUGGGACUGGGGCUGGGUGCAGAUGAGGGAGCAAAACCAUCUGUUAUGGGAGAGCUCAGUUCACGACUACAGCAGCUAAAUAAAGACACCAGAUCACUAGGAGAGGAACCUCUGGGAGCAUCACUUGAUCCAGGAAGGAAGUCACCUGUGGCAGGUGCCAGACUUUUCAGCAGCCUAGGUGAGCUCCACACCAUCUCUCAAAGAAGUUAUGGAACCACAUACACCAUCCGCCCUGGCAGUCGCUACCCCAUCACCCGACGCACCCCUAGUCCAGGCUCACCUGAUCGGGGCGAUCCUCUUGGACGAUUCUCAGGCUACGGCCUACCAACCUCACCAACCACACCGCCACAAACUAUCCUCAAAUCUUCGAGCCUCAGCCUACCCCAGGAGCCAAAGGAGGUCCGCUUUGUAAUGAGGAGCUCCAGCGCCCGUUCCCGCUCUCGCUCUCCGUCCCCGUCACCUUCCCAUUCACCUGGGUUAGGUUCACCACUUUUAGCUCUACGACCCUUUCACCAAAAACCCCUCCACCUCUGGAACAAGUAUGAUGUUGGAGACUGGUUGGAGAGCAUCAACCUGGGGGAGCACAGAGCAGGGUUUCAGGAACAUGAGAUCGAAGGUUCUCACCUCCCUGCUCUAACCAAGGAUGACUUUGCAGAGCUGGGAGUGACACGAGUCGGACACCGCAUGAACAUUGAGCGAGCACUGAAACAGCUGCUGGAGAGCUGACCCCUGCCCUGAGACACAGCCACAGAUGGAGAUCGGUGAAGACAGACAGAAGAUUCGGGGGUUAAGGAAAAUAAGCGAUGCGAUAGGGGCCGCUCCUCUUUUACUCCGGCUGCUUUUAUGUUCGGCAUCACAAAUGUUGACCUGCAGCUCUUAGGCACACUCUGUUUCCAUUCUGCAUUAACACCCUGCACUUGGCAAUGCACUGAAGAGGAGGAGUCGAUACAUUAAUUUUUCUUCUUGCCCACCACCCUGCUUUUGUGGCCAAUUAAAUCAGGCCCAAAAUGAUAUUUGGCGUUUUUAUUUAUUUAUUUUUUGCUAAGACGAGCCAGACGAGCUCCAAUUAGAACAUUUGAUUUGUGAAAGGUUCACUUGUUUCCUUAGUAACAUCCCCACUUUCUCGCUCCCUCCUCUCCUUUCUACCUCCCCUCCCAAAUAACCCCCCAGGUCCCUCUAUUAGGCUGCUGAAAGCCUUCUUGCAGUUCGAGUAAAGGAGGAGGAGGAGGAGGCAGAAUUUUUUGUUCCACACAGAAAGCUCAGUUGCCUUUCAAAAUAUUUAUACAGAGAUCAACAGCAAUGAACACAGUGCUACGGACACACAGCCCUGAAAAAGGUGUGUCUUCUGUAUACGUGCUGUUUUUAAACCGAAGACUUUAGAGCCCAGAGUCGGAGCUCCACAAAGUAAACCGUGGGAGAAAACCCCCUCUGCCUUGGUACCCAGACUGUGCUAUCUAUUAUAUUUGGAGAAUGUUUAACCAACACUCGUGGCUUUUUUUCAUAAUCAGUUUCUUUUUUUGGUUUUCCAAAGGGAAUAAUAUAU